CCGCAUUUGGGUUUGGAAAAGUUUGCUUUUGUUCCCCUAAUUUUUUCCAUUAAGAAAUGAGGUUCUAGAUUCCAUGAUUGAUGGGAGCAACAGCCAUGACAGAGGAGAGAAGGGGAACGGAGCGUGACCAGCUUGCUGAUUAUCUUGAGCGUCUAUUCUCAGACGUUUCCACCAUGGUUAAAAGCGAGCUCCAGGGAACAAAUAACCAGUUACUGCUGCUAGAAAAAAUGAACGAUAGGGUGGCAAAAGAAUACAGCGGAUAUGGGGAUGUUGCUUCAGGUUUAAGAGUCUUUGUGGAAAAGCUGAACGAGAAAAGCCGAGGCUUUCAUGAUUAUGUCUCUCAGAUUGAUGCAAUAGAGCAGCAAGUCAAGGAUUUUGAAGCCGUUGUAUCCAUGCUUGAUAACUAUGUCUCUCUGCUGGAGAAGAAAGUAGAACAGUGUCCCAGCUUGGUGCUUAUGCGCCUGAACCAACUCCAAAAUUUAUCAAAUAAACAAUAGAGAGAAUGGUGGAGCCAGUGUCCAAGCGCCCAGACGCCCAAACAAGUGCCUAUGCUCCCAGACCAGCGCUUUGGUGCCUAGAACAACGCCUAGGCACCCAGUUCAAGAUCCUAAGCGCCCGACGAUGAAUGCCCCAUUCACGCCAAAAUCCAGAGCGGAAGAAAUCCUAGUAGCAACCCUGAGAGUUGUCGUGUCCAUUUGUGUCACCUUCAAGCUCCCCAACGCUCAACACUGACUUAAGAUGAUUUCCUUGGUUUUGUGAAGUUUCGAUGGUCCAGAAGACAUAAAUCCAAAGGAUUUCAAUGGAUUAUGAAAUGUAUGCCAUUUCUCUUGUUUUCUAAGGUUCUUUGGUUGCUUAGUGUGUAUGUGUGUGUGUAUGUGUAGAGAUUUUAGUUUGUGAUUGUGAGAGCAAGUAAUGAGUGCUAGUAAUUAAGGAGGUACCUACUAGCAUCUAUUGGGAACAAGGUUAUAAUCUUAU